ACGGGUAUAGCAUCUUCUGAAUGUAGGGAUCACAGUACAAACCGUGCAGCUACAGUCAGAGCACACUGGAGUAACUGCGUGCUGACAGGGUGAAGUGCUAUUGCCUCAAAGGAAUUUCUGUGCUUUUCUUACACAGUGCUCAACACAUUGGGUACCUGAGUUGUCAUCAUGAAUUUCCUCAGAAGACGCCUCUCAGACAGCAGCUUCGUGGCUAACCUGCCCAAUGGCUACAUGAUGGACCUGCAGCGGCCUGAGAGCCCCACUAGCUCUCCCGUUUCCCCAGCGGCAGAGCGCAAGCAGCAACAGCAGCCACUGGCCUCGGCUCCACCCACAGGGGGCGGCUUCCUCAGCUCUCUGUCCAAUGCAGUAAAGCAGAGCACACAGGGCGUGGCUGGACAGGCGGAGCCGCCAGUGAACACCACGCCCAUUGUACGCAAACCGAAGAUCCUGCUGGUCAUCGACGACAUGCACACGGACUGGGCCAAGUACUUUCGAGGGAAGAAACUGAAUGGGGAAUACGAGAUAAGAGUAGAACAGGCGGAGUUCUCUGAGAUUAACCUGGCCGCCUAUGUGAACGGGGGGUGUAUGAUAGACAUGCAGCUUGUCAGGAAUGGCACUAAAGUGGUCAGGUCUUUCAAGCCUGACUUGGUCCUGGUUCGCCAGCAUGCUUACAGCAUGGCCCAGGGAGAAGACUUCCGCAGCCUCAUCAUCGGGCUGCAGUACGGGGGGGUUCCAGGGAUCAACUCCCUGCACUCCAUCUACAACUUCUGCAGCAAGCCCUGGGUGUUUUCCCAGCUGAUAAAGAUCUUCCAAUCCCAGGGCCUGGAAAAAUUCCCUCUCACUGAGCAAACAUUCUUCCCCAAUCAUAAGGAGAUGCUCACAACGACGACCUUUCCUGUAGUGGUUAAGCUCGGGCACGCCCACGCCGGUAUGGGCAAGGUGAAGGUGGAGAAUCAUUACGAUUUCCAAGAUAUAGCCAGCGUGGUGGCUCUAGCGAAAACCUAUGCUACCAUCGAGCCUUACAUCGACUCCAAGUACGACGUCCGGAUCCAGAAGAUAGGCAACAAUUACAAAGCUUACAUGAGAACCUCCAUUUCCGGCAACUGGAAAGCAAACACAGGAUCUGCAAUGCUGGAGCAGAUCGCCAUGUCUGAUCGAUACCGCAUGUGGGCGGAUUCCUGCGCUGAGAUGUUUGGGGGUCUGGACAUUUGUGCAGUGAAGGCAGUCCAUGGCAAAGACGGGAAAGACUACAUCAUUGAGGUGAUGGACAGCUCCAUGCCGCUGAUUGGAGAGCAUGUGGAGGAAGAUCGACAGCUUAUAGCAGACCUGGUUAUAACUAGAAUGACUCAGCUUGUCACAGGCCCCCACCCGCCUCAGCCACGUCUUGCAUCUUCACAGCCCCAGCAGAUUCAGCCCCAGCCAGCGAAGACCCAAACCCAGCCUCAGCCCGGCCCAGGAGCUCAGCCCAAGCCAGCGUCACACGGUGGCCCUCGUCCUACAUCGGGGCCCCAGGGGUGUCAGCUCCAGAACCCCCAGCAGCAGAGCGCCUCCCAGUCACAGAAAUCACCGGGCUCCCCCCAGAAAGCCAGGUCUGCCGGCACCUCCCCCAACCAGGCCAUCAAGCUGGGUGCUUUCCCACCACAGCAGCCCAGGCCAGCUGCACAGGGACAGGGGCAGCCAGGACCCGGCACGGCUCAGAGACAGACCCCACAGUUAAAUAAGUCUCAGUCUCUGACGAAUUCCUUCAGUGUCUCCGAAACGCCCCAGCGUGGGAACGGGAACGAGGAUGAGGCCAAGGCAGAGACCAUCCGCAGCUUGAGGCAGUCCUUCGCUAGCCUCUUCUCCGAUUAACGCACCCCUUCCUCAAGGAACCCUUGAGAGAGCCAGGGAGCGGGGAACCUCCAAACACCCAACAGGGGGCAGUGAUUCCUUGCUUCCCUUGAUUUGAAGCUGCUUCUCAACGCAGACUGGGGUCCGCGCUUGGCAGAAUUCUGUGGGGCUCUGGAAGGGAGCUGAAUUCACUAAAGCAUUUGCUCAGUGGGAAACUUUGCUGAACCUGUUUGUUAAUAAAGUAAUAAAACUUGAUAAUGUUGCAAACCUGAUAGAUAUCUACUUGAAUUACAGCACUCUUUUUUAAUGAUUUAACCCCUUACUACACAAGGAAUUGAGCGCUUCUUGUUCAAACGGAUUAUUCUUAAAAUACCAAUAGAGAUCCAACCUGUCGGUACGUUUUAAACCAGUUUCUUGCAUCUCAUUGCAAAAAUAAGAAUGUUAGUAUAAUUUUAUUUGUGGGACACAUACAGUGCGUUAAAGGGUUAACCCUGGUACAACCCCUACAGUCCGUGUCUAGAAUUGCACCGUGCUGACCUUCCUAUCCAUGCUAAGCUUUAAUCAAUUGUUGUCAAGGCAACAUAUUAUCAUUGUAAAAGUUAAAUAACAAAAUUAUGUCGGAAGGGGAAAUAGUAAUAAUAAAAAUACAGUCCAGGUUUACAAGUUUUUGAGUGGUGGUGUUAAGAUUUGUCGUUAUUUGAGAUCAUUAAAAUAGACACCCUGCCUGUUAAUAUAACUUAAAUUGUUGCUUUGUAACAUUACCAGGUUUUGUUGUUGUUGAUGUUUUAUAUGAAACGCUGGUGGAUUUGGCUCUGGUCUGCUUUUAACGUUUCCUUCUUUCAUGAAGGAGCUGUUUUAUUUCUAUAUAGUUUUUAGUUCACUGUACACUUUGCUAAACUAGUUGAAUGUUCCACUAAUGAUUUAUUUAUGAAACCCUUGCUAGACUUCUUUCACAGCAGUCUAGAAUUUUCUUUUUUUUAAUCCACCAGUUUUAUAUACAAUGCUAUAGGUUAAACAACUGCUCCUGGUGACCAACUUCCUCUGUAGACCAUGUGACCUACAGUCACACUGUACUGUACUAUGACACAGCAAAUACUUAUCCAUAGUGUUGUACUAUCUCAAGAUCUUUAUGCUACAGCUAAUAACAUUUGAACAAAAUGGAUUCCAAAGUCUUAGUUAGCAUGCCUUUAAUAUAAUUAAUGUCUUUGAAACUAUAGUGUUUUUAAUGUUACUUUUCUGAGCUGUAUGUUCAUGUUUUUUCCUCACCAGUACAUUUAGUGUAACUCGUCACAUUGUUUUCACAGUUGGAUGUUAUUUAAACUUUUUCUCCUCAAUUCCACUGCCGCAGUUAAACUGAAAGUAUCUAAAUAAAUGUGUGGCUGGUGAAUUUAUGAGCCAAAAAAAAAAGUAGAAGUACAGUAGAAGUAUAAAGUUAUUCUAAGUAAUUCUGUGUGAAGAAAACGUUCAAAAAGCCAGUAGAAGUUUGAAAACAUUUUCCAGCUGCGGAAAAUCAGCAUCGUCUGAGCUGCUUUUCUGUAGAAGAAUCAAAAUCAUUACUUUAUUUUUGACUUUAUAAUCGUAUGCUUUUAUUCCCCCAAGUGCUAGUGAGUGGGUGACAAACAGUUGUAUGGUUGCUUGUUGAAGUGUACUGGAUAUUCAAGAGCCAUAAUUUACAUUGUAAGAAAAAAAAAUGCAAAGGCCCAACAGUAAAUUCUGUGAAAUGAGGAGACUGCACAACAAAAUUACAGCAACUGUAGGACACAUACCAGCAAUAAACACAAUGGGCUGUCCUCUAAAAUAAUAGCAGAUCUUGGUCAAAUGCAGGGAAUAUUAAUGUGUUUAUCACCUGUGAGAUUGUGUGCUUCUGCCACCCUGACUAAACUAACUGUUCAAUACAAAUACCAGGGCUGCAAAAAUCCACUAGUCUUUUAAUCAUAAUUUAGUUGCAGUGGACCAAAGUACAAAGCAUGUGUUUUGAUUUGAAUUCUGCAGGGGUUUGUUUCUUUAUUUAAAAAAAAGUGUUGUGUUAUUAGUGUGGCAUGUUUACAGAAUCCUGUUGUGUACCUCAUGUUUCAUGAAGACUGGCUGCUAAAUGUUUGAUCUCUUUUGUGAUUCGGUGAAUGUCGAUUUGUGUCACUGUUGCUGACGGAUCUUAAUUUUGAAUAAAAACAACAAAUCUGUGAUUGUA